GGGCUGGGAGUGGAGGAGGAUGGAGAGCAAUUCCACGGCUGGAUCCUUCCUCCCUCUGCAGCAGUUCAGCGUGGCGGACAUAAUUGUCAUCGCGGUUUAUUUUGCCUUAAACAUAGCAGUGGGAAUAUGGUCCUCGUGCAGGGUAAACAGGAACACGCUGAGCGGCUACUUCCUUGCAGGCAGGAACAUGGCUUGGUGGCCUAUCGGAGCCUCCCUCUUUGCGAGCAGCGAAGGAUCUGGGCUCUUCAUUGGGCUGGCAGGAACGGGAGCUGCGGGGGGCAUCGCCGUCACCGGAUUUGAGUGGAAUGCCACCUAUGUCCUGCUGGCACUGGCGUGGGUGUUUGUGCCUGUCUACAUCUCUGCAGGGAUCAUCACUGUGCCCGAGUACCUGCAGAGGAGGUUUGGAGGUGAGCGGAUCCGCAUGUACCUUUCAGGCCUCUCGCUUCUGCUGUCUGUCUUCACCAAGAUAUCGACUGACCUGUACUCUGGGGCCCUGUUUGUGCAAGUCUGCCUGGGCUGGAACCUCUACCUUUCCACCGUCCUGAUGCUGGUGGUCACGGCUCUCUACACCAUUGCAGGUGGCCUGGCGGCUGUCAUCUACACCGAUGCGCUGCAGACUCUCAUCAUGGUCAUUGGCGCGGUCACCUUGGCUGUGAAAGCGUUCGGUGAGAUCGGGGGGUACCAGAACCUAGAAGAAGCUUAUCUAAAGGCAGUCCCAGCCAAGAUCAUCCCCAACACCACAUGCCACCUGCCCAGAGCUGAUGCCAUGCACCUCUUCCGAGAUCCGGUCUCUGGGGAUCUGCCCUGGACCGGCAUGACGUUUGGGCUGUCUGUCUUGGCCACAUGGUACUGGUGCACUGACCAGGUCAUUGUUCAGAGGUCUCUCUCUGCCAAGAACCUGAACCACGCCAAGGCCGGCUCCAUCCUGGCCAGCUACUUGAAAAUGCUGCCUCUGGUUGUUAUCAUCAUGCCUGGGAUGAUCAGUCGGGUGCUGUACCCAGAUGCCGUGGCCUGCGUGGACCCCACCGAGUGUGCCCGGGUGUGCGGGGCUGAGGUGGGCUGCUCCAACAUCGCCUACCCCAAGCUGGUGGUUGAGCUCAUGCCCAGCGGGCUGCGAGGACUGAUGAUCGCAGUGAUGAUGGCUGCCCUGAUGUCCUCCCUGACCUCCGUGUUCAACAGCAGCAGCACCCUCUUCACCAUGGACGUCUGGAGGAAGGUUCGGCUGGACGCUGGGGAGCGAGAGCUGUUGCUGGUGGGCAGGCUAACCACAGUGGUGCUGGUGGCCAUCAGCGUGGUGUGGAUCCCCAUCCUGCAGAGCUCCAGCGGCGGGCAGCUCUACAUCUACAUCCAGUCCGUGACCAGUGCCCUCGCCCCACCCGUCACAGCCGUCUUUGCCCUGGCGGUGUUUUGGAGACGGGCCAACGAGCAGGGAGCUUUCUGGGGCCUGAUGGUGGGGCUGGCAGCCGGCCUGGCCAGGCUGGGGCUGGAGUUUGCUCACCCCACGCCGCGCUGUGGCAUCUCCGAUGAGCGCCCCUCCAUCCUGAGGGACAUCCACUACCUGCACUUUGCUGUCCUGCUCUGCGCUCUCACGGCCGUCGUGGUGGUGGGGGUCAGCCUGCUGACCGACCCCCCCAUGGAGUCCCAGGUCCAGAACCUCACCUGGUGGACCCUUUCCCAGCGGCGCCCCGCACCUUCCCCGGCCAAGGUGUUGGCGGGGAAUGGUUCGUUGCGGAGAGGGAAGGAGGGUCUCUCUCCUUCUGCCACAGGUUCCCAGGAGGGGUCUCCCUGGAGCUGUCCCUGCACGGACUGCAUGUCCUGGCCCCGGGGGGUGACGGCCGAGGGACCCCCCGCAACAGCCCUGAGGGACACCACAGAGACCCCUUUCUGGUCCAGCAUCUGCUGUAUCAAUGCCAUCCUCCUGAUGUGCAUCAAUGUCUUCUUCUAUGCCUAUUUUGCUUGACUGUCCCCUGCUCAGCCAGGCUGGGGCUGGGACGCGCUCAGGAGCCUGGGAGGGAGGCUGCCAGGCCGCGGGGGCGGGGGGCAGGUCGAGGGAACCGUGCUUCUCUCAACUCCCUCUGGGCACUGGAGGGGUUUGGAGCCAGGGAGCUUGUCCAUGGCCCUGUCGGGGCUGCCAGGGGCACCGUCCUCAGAGACCCCAGAGGCUCUCAGUGUUUGCUUCGUACUACUUUCAUAGAUUCAUAGAUGUUAGGGUCGGAAGGGACCUCGAUAGAUCAUCGAGUCCGACCCCCUGCAUAGGCUUUGGAGCCAGGGCGGUGUCAGGCAGCGUGAGGACCCAAGGGAUCGAUGCCUGGGGUGACUGGGGAGAUCACCAGGACUGUUCUGCCCUGGAUACAAACCCCAUUCAUUGCCCCCAGCCCUCUUGGGAGCCCGGGGCUCCCCCGUCCUGCAUGGCAUGCCUGGUUCUUUGUACGUGACCCUUGAAGGAUGGAGCUGGGGGGUCUCUGGGAGUGAAACCCUGGGUCUGCUCUGGGUACCACUGCCGUCCUGGAGCUGGUGAGCACUGCAGCCAGUCUUCUCCGAGCCCUUCUCCUUCACUCGCCCCCUUG